ACAUUUUGGGCUGAUUUGUGUGGUGAUCGUCAAACGGACAACAUCUAUUACGUUGCGCUCUGGGGCAACACGAAAUUUAAACUAUUUAAAAGUGAUGUUUUACCAAACCUUACUAAACCAAAAACAAAGACUUAUGGAUUUUUCCAAAUAAUGACAAAAAAUAUACAUUGUUUCAAUUCAAACAUAAAAUGUGAAAAUCAUUGAAUAAAAUAUAAUUUUAAAGUGUUAAAAUUCAAUGUGAAUUGCAACAAGAAAAAAAACAAUUGUCAAUAAGUCAAAAUAGUGUUUAGCUUUUACCGUUUUGUUUUUUUUUCGGUAUUUAAGUUUUACAUAAAACCAGUUUGGACCCUUCAAUUUAUUAGUAAACGUUUAAUAAGAAACAAUCGUCAAUAUCGAUCAUCAACUAUAAUAUUUUUAAGUAAUUUCAAUUAAAAUUAAAGUGGUUGUGAACUAACAAAUCUCACUUUUUUCAUUAUAAUCACUAUUGUGAAGAGGGGAACUUAAUAUGCAUCAUUGUAACGGAAAAAUGCGGUUCUUUUGCCAUUUAUUAGUUGUUUCAUUCGUAAUAGAAGCAGUUUUAGCAGUGGCAAAUGCUACCGCAUCGUCCACUGAUUCAGAAACAAGAAACACAUUUGACUCGGAUACCAAAAACAAACGACAAGUUAAUCAAUAUAUACGAACACCAGGAACUAGUGCAGCAACAUCAGUUGGAACCGAGUCUGGACCUCAAGUAUUUCCUCUGCAAUUAUCACAUAGUAUUUAUCAACAACGUCUGCCUUUAUAUACCCGACGUCCAACCACGGUUUCGAAACCACAAGUGACCGAAGAUGUUAAUGAGCAGGAACCACAACAACAGCAACAGCAACAACAAUCAAUUUUGCCUUCGUACUACAAUUUUGUACCAGAUAUUGAUGCUGAUAGCCCUGAUUCAGUUCACAUUGAUAGUCGUCAUUUGCCUGUUGAACCACGGACCAAAGUGCAAAAUUAUCAAAGUACACAGCCGCAACGUGUGCAAAUUAGCUAUUCUUCAGUGGCACCAAAACAAAGCACUCCAAGCCAAACAUUGUUUAGCGAGGAUGAGUAUUUGGAAUUGAUUCGAAAUACGGAUUUGGUGAAAAGUUCUCAAGGUGUCAACUCAAAAAUACCAUUUGGUUAUGUAACAGCUGCACCCACGACGGCCAUAGAUAAUAUGUUUGAAUAUUCAACAAAGUCACAGUUAAAUAAUAACAAAAAUAACAACGACUAUAGAAAAUAUACAUCACGAACUCAUCUCCCUUCGACCCCAUCUUCUGUUCCACAUCUGCAGCCACAGACUUCACAGCAACAAUUUGUUCGACAACCGCCUCAAUAUAUAGGCCAACCAACUCACUAUACAGCAGUGACACCAGCUCAGGACUUUGAAGCAACUUAUGAUAAAGAUACAGUUCGCGUAAAUUUGAAAAAGUAUCAAGAAUCAGCUGGUAAAACAAAAUAUGAUCCGGCUCGUGGACAAUAUCAUCAAGAAGUGAGUGUAAAACCUACCAAGAAAUCGGUCAAUUUUAAACCAUCAUACCAAUAUGCAAGUACAGCUCAAACUCAAUCAUCGUCUUCGAAUCGUCAGCAAUCGGUUGGCCAAUCAGAACCACUUCAUUAUCAAAGCGUUGAACAAAUUAUACAAACUGAAUUAACUAAAGCAAACCAACAGAACGCUAUUCAAACUCAGAGCCAAUAUUCAAAUAUUGUCCCACAGUCACAAGUUAACACACAACAAGCAUAUUUUCCUGCCGAAGUGAAUCACCCAUUCCAGUCGUAUGUACCUCAACAUGAACGAUUGGUAGCUAACAACAACUACGGACAAAUCGGUUCCGAUCAAACAAAUUUACCGACAGUUUCUCAACAAAUUGACAAUAAACAAAAUGGGCAGUCCGAGUUUAGAAUACAGUACGUGCAUCAUGUAUCGCAAACACCAACACCGACACCAACUCCGCGAUUUGUGACAGAUGUUACAAGUCAACCAUUGAAGUAUGAACUUUUCGACCCAAGUGGCAAUAGAAAUGGCGCCAAAGAAGUGCCCCCAAAAAUAAAAUUGAUACCAGCACCGUCGAAUGGUGGAACUUCUCAACGCCCACAGUAUGUCGAUCAACCUCAGUAUUAUAAAAAAGUAAAAAUUCAACCAGCAGCACAUGUUCACUACGUCCCGGUACGUACACAGUAUCAUCAACCAACACAACAACCCAUUCAAGUUCAUUCUUCACAAUCAGCUCAAUCUCCGCAAUCUGAUAUUUUAAUUCCAAUUCAACCUUCACGGUCGGCGCUUUUCGUUGCACAAAGUUCAGGGCAUAGUGAAUCAGUAUCGCAUUUGGCUACGGGAAACGUGAAAAAAUUGACGCAAUCUAUUCCGUCCGGUCAUCAAACACUUACAGAUCCAAGAAAACCGCCAUUGCCGAUAACAAGUCCGAAAAAACCAAUUUCUCAAGAAGAAUUCCAAGCACUUCUCGAUGCUGGUUAUAAAGUUCAAGCCAUACCAGUGCCCGUUCCCGUUUCUAUUGACAAAUACAAACAGUUGCAAUAUCAACAACAGCAACGUCAGCAACAUCACACUCAACCAGUACAUAGUCCAGUUGUUCCUCAUCACCCUUCGAAUCAUCCGGCUCAGCAUACACGACAAUAUAUACGUUAUCAUCCAAAACAAGAAUCUGAAGAAGGCAUUCUAACAUCAUAUUUGAAACCAUUAAUUGAUUAUAUAGGCGGACCAAGCCAAUAAAUUCCACCGAAAAAAAUACAUAAUCAUUGUUUUAGUAGUUAGCUGUUAUUCGUGUAUCUCAAUUUUAAGUUAUACAUUGAUAUUAAAGAAAUUUUAACUAU